CAAAAAGGCCCAAUGUCUCAUUCCGUCGAGAACUAGGGUUUUAGGUGUCUCAACAUUCACCUACCCAGCUUCCGACUCCAUCAUCUCCCUCCUACUUCUCUCUCUCUCUCUCUCUCUCUCUCUCUCCGAGACUCCAAAAUCAUGGCGGCGAACACAAUGGUUAGAUCCUUUCUUCAGGUUGCUGCUACAGAAGAGGUUGCUCCCCCUCUCAGAGUUGUUCAGAUCGAAGGACUGGUUAUCUUGAAGAUAAUCAAGCACUGCAAGGAGUUUGCACCGGCUCUGGUCACAGGCCAACUUCUUGGCUUGGAUGUUGGCAGUGUUCUUGAAGUCACUAAUUGUUUCCCGUUCCCGAUUAGGGAGGAGGAUGAAGAGAUUGAAGCUGAUGGUGCCAAUUACCAGCUUGAGAUGAUGAGAUGUUUGAGAGAGGUGAAUGUUGACAAUAACACUGUUGGAUGGUACCAAUCCGCAGUUUGUUUUAAACACAGGUACCAAUCCACAUUGUUGGGUUCUUUUCAAACGGUGGAGUUGAUUGAGACAUUCAUGAACUACCAGGAAAAUAUUAGACGGUGUGUGUGCAUCAUUUAUGAUCCAUUGAAAUCCAAUCAGGGAGUCUUAGCACUGAAGGCAUUGAAACUUUCUGAUUCAUUCAUGGAGCUCUACCGCAGUAACAAUUUUACAGGGGAGAAGUUGAGGGAGAAAAACCUUUCAUGGGUGGAUAUCUUUGAGGAAAUACCUAUCAAAGUUUCAAACUCUGCACUUAUUAGUGCAUUUAUGACGGAGUUGGAAGCUGAUACACCUGUUAUCCAGUGUGAUUAUGAUCGUCUGCAAUUAUCAACUAGUCCAUUUCUAGAGAGGAAUAUGGAAUUUCUUAUUGAGUGCAUGGACGAUUUGUCAAUGGAACAGCAGAAGUUCCAAUACUAUUACAGAAACGUGUCACGCCAGCAAGCCCAACAGCAAGCAUGGCUUCAAAAGAGAAGGACUGAGAACAUGGGUCGGAAGGCUGCCGGAGAAGAACUGCUUCCUGAAGAGGAUCCUUCAAACCCCAUUUUCAAGCCACUCCCCGAGCCUUCACGGUUGGACAGCUUUCUGAUAACAAAUCAAAUCUCAAACUACUGCAACCAAAUUAAUGGGGUUGCCGGACAGAGCUUCAGCAGAUUAUAUUUGACGAAGGCUUUGCAUGAGAACUGAUGUAAUGCUGGAACAUGAGAUCUUUCAUGUGUUUGCGGAAGAAGUAGAGACGGUAAUAAUUCUAUCACUGCCUGAUUUGGUUACGCACAAACUCGGGCCAAUUAUGGAAGGAUUUGAUUCGGGUAACCAGUCGACGACCUGAUGGCUUCUUUUUCUGGCCACCCUAUAGAGCACUAGUGGCAAACGCUUCAUAUCGGCGGUGUGAAGUGGUAUACGCUGUCGGUCCUCUUUGGUCGAAACCAUCAGCGGCGGUGGCAAAACGAAGCCCAAAAGCUUCUUUGAUUCUCUAAACGGAUUUUUCAAUUUCGGCCAUGUCAUGGUGUCAUAUUAACUGGAGACUCCGCUUUAUGAGUUUAUGGUGUUGGUUUCUUAAGAUGAGCUUUGAUGAGGGAGAAUCGAAGCUCCAAAAGCUUCUGGGUUUUCCGGUCGAUGAUGAAUAAGGUAUCAAACAUCAUCCUCUUGUCAAGCUCUACAUGGUUGUAUGCCUUUUUUUUUUUUUUUUUUUUUUGAGAAUAACAUGGUUUGUACACUUGUAUGCUUGUUUUAGUGGAAUUUUGGAGAAUUGGAGUUUGGGUUUUGUUCUGGCACAUUCUUGACUUCGGUUUGUAUCUUGAGCUUGUAUUAACUAUUAACUAUGCUUGAAUUGACAAAACCUUUGUA